AUAAAUAUAAUUUUAAGAACUGGUUGAUGGUUAUUUCGCGAAGAAAUUAAUGGAGGUAAAGUGUCCAAUUUCUUGCAACAGUAAACCAAUUGUAAGUGAGGAUGGAAUAGUAAAUGUACCAUACCUUCAACACAUCAAUGGCAAUUUAAAGUUAUGCACUGGACAUUCUUAUUACACUCAGUGCCAAAUAUCAUUGUAUGUGUGCGGUAUGUAUGAGUGUGAUUUAUUUAUUUGGUCACCUGCAGGAAGCUGUUGUGUUACAGUAUAUAGGGAUGAAGAGUUUUUGCAAAAUCUGGUACCGAAACUAGAAUUGUUUUAUUUUGAGCAGUAUUUGCCAAUAUUGGUAGAAAGGGCAUCUUCAACAGAUUGAUUAUUUUAGGUACAUGCAAGAACUGUUCAUCAUUGUAUUCAAUUAAUGGCAUGCCAUGGGCUCAGCG